UCUCACUCUCUUUUGUGUUCUCAAUUAUAUUUGUAAAUCCUGUUGCCUCCAUUUUCUAUUCGCGCUACUUAAAGUUUGUAUAUCCUCAAUCACACACGCACUCUCUCUCUCUCUCUCUCUCUCUCUUCCCUCUCAUCAGAAAGUGCGUAUUGAAGCGUGGCGAUUUAGUUCUCCUGUUGUUCCUUGUUUUUGUUGCUUUUAUCCGUUGAAUUUCUUGGACCUUCACGUCUGGAAAAUUAGGAUUUACACUUUCUUGAUUUUUAAUUCGUCAAUCUUGUUGGUUUGGCUUCAUGCACUUCACCAAAAAGUUCUGUUUAAGAUGGACGCCAAGGACAGAUAACGUUGACGAUCGAUCAUCUGGACGGAGACGACGAGGGGAAGAAAAAUAAUUGAUUAAAUCACUGCCUGAAGGUAGUCGCCGACGCCAAUGACGAAUCACGACUUGGCCCCGCAAUCACUGACGAGACGGCCGUCAAGAAGCGCGGCCACCACCUUCUCCACCGAGGUCUUUGACAAUGAAGUCGUUCCUUCCUCCCUCGCCUCCAUCGCACCCAUUCUCCGAGUCGCCAAUGAGAUUGAAGCCGAGCGCCCCCGAGUUGCCUAUCUAUGUCGCUUCUAUGCUUUCGAAAAGGCGCACAGGUUGGAUCAAAGCUCCAGCGGGCGUGGCGUUAGGCAGUUCAAGACCUUACUGUUGCAGCGAUUGGAGAGGGACAAUGCAUCCAGUCUUGCCUCUCGGGUUAAGAAGACAGAUGCGAGAGAAAUCCAGGGUUAUUAUAAGCAGUACUAUGAACAAUAUGUCAGAGCACUAGACCAGGGGGAGCAGGCUGACCGAGCACAGCUCGGUAAGGCUUACCAGACCGCCGGGGUUCUUUUCGAAGUGCUUUGUGCCGUCAAUCAAACUGAGAAGGUUGAAGAAGUAGCUCCUGAGAUUAUCGCGGCUGCUAGAGAUGUCCAGGAAAGGACAGAAUAUUAUGCACCUUACAACAUUCUUCCCCUGGAUUCUGCUGGGGCUUCUCAGCCUAUUAUGCAGCUUGAAGAGAUCAAGGCAGCUGUUUCGGCGCUAGGGAACACUCGUGGCUUGAACUGGCCUAAUUCGUUUGAGCAACAAAGGCAGAAAGCUGGAGAUUUAGACCUGCUUGAUUGGCUUAGAGCCAUGUUCGGGUUCCAGAGGGACAACGUCAGGAACCAGAGGGAGCAUUUGAUCCUGCUUCUUGCUAACUCUCAUAUAAGAAUGAUUCCCAAACCCGAGCCGCUCAACAAGCUUGAUGAUCGAGCAGUUGAUGCAGUGAUGAAAGAUCUCUUUAAGAACUACAAAAACUGGUGCAAAUUUUUGGGUCGAAAACAUAGUUUACGACUUCCUCAAGGUCAACAAGAGAUACAGCAGAGGAAGUUGCUUUACAUGGGUCUUUAUCUUCUCAUCUGGGGUGAAGCAGCUAAUGUUCGCUUCAUUCCGGAAUGCCUCUGCUAUAUAUUUCACAAUAUGGCAUAUGAGCUCCAUGGUUUAUUGGCCGGAAAUGUCAGUAUUGUUACUGGUGAAAAUAUUAAGCCUUCUUAUGGGGGUGAUGAUGAAGCAUUUCUGCGCAAGGUUAUAACUCCCCUCUACCGAGUAAUUGAAAAGGAAGCCGAAAAGAGCAAAAAUGGAACAGCUUCUCACACAACUUGGUGCAAUUAUGAUGAUCUAAAUGAGUAUUUCUGGUCAUCUGAUUGCUUUUCUCUUGGAUGGCCGAUGCGUGAUGAUGGUGACUUUUUUAAAUCAACUUCCAACGUGGCACAGGGAAGAAAAGGCGUUCAGAGAAAAUCAAGUUCUAGAAGUAGUGGAAAAUCAAAUUUUAUUGAGACUCGGACAUUUUGGCAUAUUUUCCACAGUUUCGAUCGUCUUUGGACCUUCUAUUUACUGGGUUUGCAGGUAAUGAUUAUUAUUGCAUGGCGAGGAAUUUCAGUAGCGGAUAUCUUUAAGAAAGAUGUCUUAUAUGAUCUAUCCAGUAUAUUCAUUACUGCGGCCAUUCUGCGCUUCCUGCAAAGUAUCCUGGACUUGAUCCUGAACUUUCCGGGCCAUCAUCGAUGGAGAUUCAGUGACGUGCUAAGAAAUAUUCUUAAAAUCAUCGUUAGUCUUGCAUGGGUUAUCAUUCUUCCAGUCUUCUACGUGAAUUCCGUUGACCAUCCUCCGCAAAGUAUUAAGAAGUUGCUUUCCUUUUUCGAUGAAAUAAGGAGCAUUCCAACAUUGUAUUUCCUGGCAGUUGCAUUAUAUAUUCUUCCGAAUUUACUAGCAACUGUACUCUUUCUUUUUCCAAUGCUCAGGCGUUGGAUCGAAAACUCUGAUUGGCAUAUUGUUAGACUUCUCUUGUGGUGGUCACAGCCAAGAAUCUACAUUGGAAGGGGAAUGCAUGAAAGUCAAUUUGCUCUUCUAAAGUAUACAAUUUUCUGGUUGCUGCUUCUUGCUUCCAAAUUUGCAUUAAGCUUUUUCCUGCAGAUAAAACCUCUAAUUAAACCCACAAAGGAAAUAAUGAGCAUUCGGCGAAUUCAUUUUGCUUGGCAUGAAUUUUUCCCUAAUGCUAAAUACAACUAUGGUGCGGUUUUAGCACUAUGGGCUCCUAUACUUUUGGUUUAUUUCAUGGACACUCAAAUUUGGUAUGCCAUAUUCUCAACUUUGUAUGGCGGUGUUGUUGGGGCCUUCGAUCGUCUAGGAGAGAUACGAACGCUGGGCAUGCUAAGGUCAAGGUUUCAGUCAUUACCUGGAGCAUUCAACACAUGUUUGGUACCUACAGAUAUGAAACAGAAAAAGGGAUUUUCUUUGUCAAAGCGAUUUGCUGAGAUUUCUGCAAGUAGAAGGAUCGAAGCGUCCAAAUUUGCCCAGUUAUGGAAUGAAAUUAUUUGCAGUUUCCGUGAAGAAGAUAUUAUAAGUGAUAGGGAGAUGGAUCUUUUGUUGGUUCCUUACUCCUCAGAUCCCAGCCUGAAAAUUAUUCAGUGGCCUCCCUUUUUGCUUGCUAGCAAGAUUCCUGUAGCACUUGACACGGCCGUUCAAUUUCGAGGAAGGGAGAGCGACCUUCACAAGCGUAUAUUUGCGGAUGAAUAUUUGAAAUGCGCCGUGAUUGAAUGCUACGAAUCUCUUAAAAAUGUCCUAAACACUUUGGUGGUGGGAGAAACUGAAAAGAGGAUAAUGGCCAUCAUCAUUAAUGAAGUCGAGAGUAAUAUCUCAAAGAAUACACUUCUUACAAAUUUCAGAAUGGGAUUUUUGCCUUCCCUUUGUAAGAAGUUCGUGGAGCUCGUGGAAAUCUUGAAAGCCGCAGAUCAAUCCAAGCGGGGUGCGGUGGUGCUCUUGCUGCAAGACAUUUUAGAAGUGAUUACUCGUGAUAUGAUGGUAAAUGAAAUCAGUGAGCUGCAAGAACUUAUACAUAACAGUAAGGACACUGGGAGGCAACAUUUUGCUGGUACUGAUGAAAAACCUGCUAUAGUAUUCCCUCCUUUGGUUACAGCAAAAUGGGAGGAACAGAUAAACCGUCUUUAUCUACUACUGACGGUAAAGGAAUCUGCAAUUGAGAUUCCAACUAACCUUGAAGCACGCAGAAGGAUUGCGUUCUUUACCAAUUCCUUGUUCAUGGAUAUGCCACGUGCACCACGAGUACGCAAGAUGCUCUCAUUCAGCGUCCUGACUCCAUACUAUAGUGAAGAGACCGUCUACUCAAAGACUGACCUUGAGGUUGAGAAUGAAGAUGGCGUGUCAAUCAUAUAUUACCUGCAAAAGAUUUACCCAGAUGAGUGGAAUAACUUCAUGGAGCGACUUGACUGCAAAAAGGACAGUGAAAUAUGGGAGAAAGAGGAAAAUGUAUUGCAGCUUCGUCACUGGGCUUCAUUAAGAGGGCAAACUCUUUGCAGAACAGUCAGGGGAAUGAUGUAUUACCGUCGGGCUUUGAAGCUUCAGGCUUUUCUUGACAUGGCCAAUGAUAAAGAGAUUCUUGAUGGCUAUAAAGCUGUCACAGUUCCAUCGGAGGAGGACAAAAGGAGCCAGAGAUCCUUAUAUGCCAAUCUUGAGGCUGUGGCUGACUUGAAAUUCACAUACGUUGCUACCUGUCAGAAUUAUGGGAAUCAGAAGCGUAACGGAGACCGGCGUGCAACAGAUAUCCUGAAUUUGAUGGUUAACAAUCCCUCGCUUCGUGUGGCAUAUAUUGACGAAGUUGAAGAAAGAGAAGGUCAGAAAACACAGAAGGUUUAUUAUUCUGUAUUAAUCAAAGCUAUGGACAAUCUCGAUCAAGAAAUAUAUCGAAUAAAACUGCCGGGUCCAGCUAAGUUAGGAGAAGGGAAACCAGAAAAUCAGAAUCAUGCCAUCAUUUUUACUAGAGGGGAAGCUCUUCAGGCUAUUGACAUGAACCAAGAUAAUUACAUGGAAGAAGCUUUGAAGAUGCGUAACCUUCUGGAAGAAUUUAAUGAGGAUCAUGGGGUGCGCCGGCCUACAAUAUUAGGUGUCCGUGAGCAUAUAUUUACUGGCAGCGUCUCCUCAUUGGCUUGGUUUAUGUCAAAUCAGGAAACAAGCUUUGUCACAAUUGGUCAAAGAGUUCUUGCAAGACCCCUGAAGGUUCGGUUUCACUAUGGUCACCCAGAUGUUUUUGAUAGAAUUUUCCACAUUACACGUGGAGGAAUAAGCAAGGCUUCUCGAGGCAUCAAUCUGAGCGAGGAUAUUUUUGCUGGUUUCAACUCAACCCUCAGACGCGGCAAUAUUACUCAUCAUGAAUAUAUCCAAGUUGGUAAGGGUAGAGAUGUUGGGCUCAAUCAAAUCUCGCUUUUCGAAGCAAAAGUAGCUUGUGGUAAUGGAGAGCAGACAAUAAGCAGGGACAUCUACCGUCUGGGACACCGUUUUGACUUUUUCCGCAUGCUGUCGUGUUAUUUUACUACUGUUGGAUUUUAUGUCAGCUCAAUGAUGGUGAUCUUCAUGGUUUAUGCGUACCUAUAUGGCAAACUUUACCUAUCUUUAAGUGGACUUGAGAACGACAUAGUCAAGUAUGCCAGGAGAAAGGGUGAUGAUGCUCUGAAGGCAGCCAUGGCUUCACAAUCCAUUGUUCAAAUCGGUCUUGUGAUGACUGUCCCUAUGAUCAUGGAAAUUGGACUAGAGAGAGGAUUCAGAACUGCUUUAAGUGACUUCAUAAUAAUGCAAUUGCAACUAGCAGCUGUUUUCUUCACUUUCUCACUGGGAACGAAGGUGCAUUAUUUUGGUCGUACUCUCCUGCAUGGUGGGGCAAAGUAUAGAGCAACUGGCCGUGGUUUUGUGGUCCGGCAUGAGAAGUUCGCAGAGAACUACAGAAUGCAUUCCAGGAGUCACUUUACAAAGGGAAUGGAGCUCGCCAUUUUGCUUUUAUGUUAUCGGAUUUAUGGAUCGGCGGCUACCGACUCAAUAUCAUAUACCAUGAUCACACUGUCAAUGUGGUUUUUGGUGUGUUCUUUUCUGUUCGCUCCUUUCCUUUUCAAUCCUUCAGGAUUCGAGUGGCAGAAGAUAGUUGAGGAUUGGGAUGAUUGGUCAAAAUGGAUAAACAGUCACGGUGGUAUUGGUGUUCCUGCAAACAAGAGCUGGGAAUCGUGGUGGGAUGAAGAACAGGAGCACCUGCAGUACACUGGGUUUCUGGGGAGAACGAUCGAGAUUAUUCUUGCCCUGCGCUUCUUUAUCUAUCAGUAUGGAAUUGUCUAUCAUCUAAAUGUAGCCAGAGGCGACAAGAGCAUAAUGGUUUAUGGUCUGUCCUGGUUAGUCAUAGUAGCUGUCAUGGUCAUCUUGAAGAUUGUCUCUUUGGGCAGAAAGAAGUUUAGUGCGGAUUUUCAGCUGAUGUUUCGUCUUCUGAAAUUCUCGCUGUUCACUGGGGCCAUUGUCAUUCUCGUCUUAAUGUUUACUCUGAUGGAUCUCACAGUUGGAGAUAUCUUUGCAAGUCUACUAGCCUUUACGCCAACAGGAUGGGCACUCGUACAGAUAACACAAGCAUGCAGGCCAGUGGUGAAGUGGCUUGGAAUGUGGGGGUCCGUGAGCUUAGCAAGGGGUUAUGAAUACUUGAUGGGGGUAGUGAUCUUUGCACCAGUGGCGAUAUUGGCCUGGUUCCCAUUUGUUUCAGAAUUCCAGACGAGGCUUCUGUUCAACCAAGCAUUCAGCCGAGGGCUUCAGAUCCAGAGGAUUCUUGCUGGUGGCAAGAAGCACAAGUAGUGACAUGACAUUCAUAAUGAUCGGAGCACGAUGGGGCCGAGAAACAGACAUUUUGAAGAUAGAAAAGAAAAUUUGAAGCAAGCAAAUUGAUGGUACGCGUAGCCAAAGUACCACAUCUAUAGAUCCACUAAGUCCACUGCUACCUCCCGGUCUGCGGCUUGCUGGUUGAGAAAGAUGUGAUUUUUUGUUUGCUUGUUUCAUUUAUUGGUUGGCAAAUCCUACAAUUCUUUGUCUGUCAAUAGAUCAUUGAAUAAAAAAUCCUAAGUGUCACUGCCUUCUACCUGACCUCUUUGUUCGUGUUAUCUUCCUCCCCUUAUCCCUACCCUCUUGAGUCUUGAUGGUGAUCGUCAACUCAAAAGUGCUGCGCCCUCGUUCUUUUUCAAUGGGCCACACUUGUUUGAGUCAGCGCACCAUACACACGAUACACUAUUGUGGCUGACUCACCAACAAGCCAUGGACCUAGAUGGGCCUUGGGAGUCCAUGGAGGUUCUAUUCAUGAAUUUUGUUCAUUGGGCCAGAAUAAUUCAUUAUUACUAUUUUAAAUAAAUACAUAAUCAUUGGUCUUAUAGGU